AAUUGAAGCAUUUCCUAGCAUUGUGUUUGCUAACGUUAGCAUAGUCUUUACUUAGCGUUACUAACUGUCGCAUUGGACAACGACGUCUAAAACGGGUGUUAAACGUUACUGAAUGGGGUGUUGCUAAUCCCACUUGUCUUAUGAAUACACAGCCAUUCGGGUGAACUGCCAUCUGCGGGGCUAAAAAUACACACUCACAAAAUUAGGCUGCGGUGGAGCUUCUGUAGCUAACGCUAGCUAACUGGCAGCUGUCAGGCUCUGUAACUAGCUUCUAGUUUAACUGGGUAAAUGUGUCGUGCCAUGUAACGUUUUCUUUAGGAACGAUCACAACAGAAUAAUGGCCGAGGCAGUCGCAAAUGUGGCCCGGAGGGUGAAUGCAACCGUAGAGGAGGGCAGUGACACACUGGACCUGUCAAACUGCAAGCUCAUUUCCUUCCCAGACGGUGUGUUUAAGGUCCUCAGGAGUGUUUCGGACAACAUCCGCGUUAUCACACUGGCUGACAAUGAGAUGAAGUCCAUUUCCAGCAAACUCUUUUCAACCUUCACUCAGCUGAGAGAACUCGACCUGCGAGGAAACGUUCUCACCAAACUGCCUGCCAGCGUGGGAGAAAUGGAGCAUUUAACCUGCAUCAAUCUGGCGAAUAACAGCUUCUCCGUCUUCCCUGACAAGUUGACUGAAAUAGCCACGCUGGAGAGGAUUAACCUGCAGGGAAAUGGCAUCACAGAAAUACCAGUGGAGAAGUUGACUGACAUGCGAGCACUGAAGUGGCUCAACGUGAAGUCGAACCCGUUGGACUCAAACACUCAGUCGGCUCUGCAGUCUCUGCACGGUUUUGAAACAGAGUGCUAAUAUUCACCCACCCGUGGGCUGCAUGCUGUGUGCCUUUUUAGCUAUUUCAGUUAGAUGCUUCGGUGUGCCCGAGAGAUAAGGGAAAAAUACUUGAACAUAUCGAACUAAAGAUGUCAAAAUGGUUUACAAGAAACAAGGAGAACGCAGGUGUUUAUUAAAGAUAAACCUCUCUUUUUUUAAGGUUUGCAGUUCUGCUCAUGAAUUUACCCCGCAGCCUCUACUUUGUACUAUUUAUGAACUACAAAGCGAUGCAAUCAACCCGUUUAUACACCAUUCGAUUUAUAGAUGAAUAAUGUCGUAUUUAUUCCUUUUUAUUGUGUAACAUUUUUUUUUUCAAUUAAAGAUUAUGCACUUGAAACAAUAGUUUUUAACUGGGUGACGGUUUCUGUUAUUUAUGUCAGAAAAAAUAACUUUCUGAAUAACUUUUUCUUAGUUCUAACAGUUGAAAACAAGCUAAUCAUCACAUUUGAGAAGUUUGGACAGGUGCAUGUUUGGCUUUUGUUCAAUUUGUAAUUGCUUAUUAAACGGCUACAAAUGUU